UAUCAAAAAAAGGUAUUUGGCGAUGCCCCUUUGACCUUUUGUUCUCUCCUCACUCCAUUGGGCAUCUUUCCGUCGAACGCGCUUGUACGUCGGAAAAAGGAACGGUCAUUGGCUACGCCGCCUGUCAGGCUGGAAGUCAGCCUGGUAAGAAGGGAUGGCCGCUUUCUAUGGCGCGUGUGGUUUGUUUGGAGAAGCUGGUUGGUUUGACUUUAAAGAUGACGCUGCCGUGGGUAGCGUGUGUAUCUGUGGCUCGCCAGGGAGGGCAGCCGAGCGCGGGCUCGUCGGGGAUUCGCCAGCUUCUCAAAUUUCGGCUGACAGAGAAGCCGAUGGAGCUGAACUUUCGAAAGAGUCUCCUUUAGGCCCUCGAAUUGGGCAACCUUCUCGUGACGUCAGCCCAUGAAACUGGAACGCUCGCCCUCAGCUGAGAGCGGCCCCUCAUUGGUUAGUGACGUUCCCGAGACGACGGUUGCUUAACGACGCUUCGGAAUUGCGCCUCUGGAACGGAAAAGUCCCUCUGAAUGUGCGAGCUGAUUGGGUAACAAGGGCAGAAGGCGGGGCCGUGACUGCCGAACCGCUCAAAGCGGCUGCCUUGGGCCCGCUACGUCAACUCCAGCCUCGUCCCCAUUGGCCGCCUCUGCCGAGCUCCCUCGUCCUGAGGACGUGGCUGGAAAGAGAGACCCGGCAGGAUCUGAACGGAGGGAAGAGCGGCAGCGGUAAGUUCCUCCGUUGGGUGCCGGCGAAGAGGGAUCCUUCCCGGAAUCCUCCGACUCGGAGGGGCGAAGUCGCCCGGGUACUUCGGGGGAAGAGAGAGGAAUCGUAGGGGACUCAGUGAGCUCACAGGAUCCUCCUCCUGGCUUUCUCCUCUAUCAGCUCCAGGAUCCUGUGGCGGAAAGGCAAGAGAGAUGCGACUACCUCCUGGAGACCGUAGAGGACACUGACAGAAGCUGGACAGCGGGGGUGACCAUAUGGCCAGGAUCAGUUUUUCCUGCCUGUGUCCAGCAUCUUGGCACUUCACUGUGCCUUCAGUGAGCCUUUGUCUCCGUCAGCGUUUGGCCUUGGUACUCCUGUUGUUUGCAGUCUUUCUUCUACUGAUCGUGGCAAUUAAAAAUCUGUGGCACUGGAAAACUGAUUCUCAUGAUAGGCAGUUUGAAAGGUAUUUAGCACGUUAUCGCGCCUUGGAGGCAACAGACACAAAGGAUCCAGCUCUGAGUUACGGGGUGGUUGUUGACUGUGGGAGCAGUGGUUCCCGGGUCUUUGUGUAUUAUUGGCCGCCACACAAUGGGAAUCCUCAUCACUUACUUGACAUCCGGCAAAUGCGAGAUCACAGCAGUGAACCUGUGGUCAAGAAGAUCAAACCAGGGAUCUCUACACUGGCAAAAACUCCAGAGAAGGCUAAUGAGUAUAUGAAGCCACUGCUCACCUUUGCUGCUGCCUAUGUACCCAAAGUCAAGCACAAAGAGACACCACUCUACAUUAUGUGUACCGCAGGCAUGAGGCUAUUGCCUGACAAGCAGCAGGAGGCCAUCCUGGGGGACUUGGUGAAGGACAUACCCUUGGAUUAUGACUUCCUCUUCUCGGAAUCUCAGGCAGAAGUGAUUUCAGGGAAACAAGAAGGUGUCUAUGCUUGGAUAGGCAUCAACUUCGUCCUAGGUAGAUUUGAUCAUGCGGAAGAGGAAGAUGCACUGAUUUCUGUGACCCUGUCAGGUCAAGAAGAGCCCAUGGUCCGAAAAAGAACAGUUGGGAUCCUUGACAUGGGAGGUGCUUCCCUGCAAAUAGCCUAUGAGGUGCCAAGCUCAGCCUCCUUUUCUUCCCCACAGCAGGAGGAAGCUGCCAGAAGUUUGCUUGCGGACUUCAACUUGGGAUGUGAUGUGCAACACACAAAACAUGUGUAUCGAGUCUAUGUUAAUACUUUCUUGGGCUUUGGAGGCAACUUUGCUCGGCAACGAUAUGAAGAACUGGUGCUGAAUCAGACCAUCGCUCACAACAGGUUGCACAGUGUACAAAUAGGUUUAAAUUCUGAAGUGCCAGUCUUAGACCCGUGCCUGCCAAUGGGACUAGAGGAUGUUGUGGAUAAAGAUGGGCAGGCAAUGCAUGUCAGGGGUCAAGGUGAUUGGAGGAGCUGUGCAGAACAACUGCGCCCCCUAUUGGCUGGAGACAACAGCAGUGGAAAUUCUUUGAGCAAUUCCUAUCAGGCAACUAUUGAUUUUAAGAACAGUGAAUUCUAUGGGUUCUCAGAAUUCUACUACUGCACUGAUGAUGUGCUGCGUCUAGGAGGAACUUAUCUAAGCAAUACAUUCACACGUGCUGCCCAAGAUUAUUGUAGCCUGAGCUGGUCAGUAUUGCAACAGAGAUUCCAAGACAAGCUUUAUUCACCACAUGCGGACCUCCACCGUAUUAAGUAUCAAUGCUUCAAGUCAGCUUGGAUGCACCAGGUUCUGCAUGAAGGAUUCCAUUUCCCUAAAGAUUACUUUAGCUUGCGUACAGUGCAGUUGUUAUAUGACCGAGAAGUGCAAUGGACAUUGGGAGCCAUUCUUUAUAAAACCCGCUUUUUACCUCUCAGGGACAUCCAACGGGAGAGCUUCCAUCAGUCACACAACUCUUGGUUCCAUCUUUCCUUUGUCUACAAUCAUUAUCUGUUUUUUGGGUGUAUUCUUGUGGUGACACUUGCAAUUGGGCUCUACCUUCUCCGUCUGCGCCGUAUCCACCAUCAGCCAUUGCAGUCAGCACCCCUUGAUCUGCUGUGGCUAGAAGAAGUUGUACCACUGUCAGCUCAGAAAGAAGGCUCCUGACAAAAGGAUGCUAUCAGGACUGUUGCAGUGACUAUUCAGUGUUUCCUUAUUGGCACUGGUUUUUAAUGGGCCAAAAGCUGUGAUUCUCUUCCCCCACCCCCCUAUAGCACUCCUUGUUAGCCUUAGAGUGGCUGCUCAAUAUUAUUCUAUCCCAAGGGCCGUGGCUGCCAGGGGACUUCAGAUUGUGUCUGAAGUUCCUAGCUGGGAUAGGCAAUCAUGUUGCAGGUGUUACAGGGCAAGGACCAAAGGUUCACUUCCAUCCCUGUUGGAAUUGGAAACAGUAUCAAGGCAAAUGACCAAAGAAAACUAUCUGCUCAGGAAAAGGUGGGUGGGAGAACUUGCCACAGGAUAUUUGCUGGACCAAGCCGCUUUUUUGAGGGAUCUUCUGCAAAGGAAAGUGAAGGACUCAUACUGGUGCUUGCCUUCUGUUUUGAAUAGAGGCUGCUUCUUGUACCAGUGGCAGAGAGAGGACAAUGUCUUAAAAUGUAGGAUCC